CAAAAGUGAAAGAGACAGAGACACAACCAAGCCAAAACAAAUCCCCCUCAACAACAUGAGCUCCACUACUAACCAACCAGAUCAAUCAUCAUCAUCAUCAUCCACCAUUGUCCAGCCACCAAAACGAGGUAGCUCCAAUGGGCAGCAUAGGACAACAAACCGGACAAGGCUAUUGAGAAUCAUAGGAAGAAGCAUGUUGGGCUUAAUGGUCCUUGUCGGGCUUGCACUAGUUACUUGUUGGCUUGUUGUGACCCCCAAGAAACCAGUUUUCAGCUUGGAAAGAGGCGUUGUUACACUCCAUAGUUUAACCGACAGGAAGCUCAAUGCCUCCGUUUCUUUCCACAUUAGAAGCUUCAACCCCAACAAGAAAGCCGCCAUCCACAUUGAUUAUAUGACGAUGACAAUCAAUGAGAUGGGCAGGAUGUUCGAGAUGGUCGUGUGCAACUUCUCCCAGGUGCCGGGAAACCUAACCGUCUUGUCCCCGACCAUUCCUAUCGACUUCGUAUACCCAUUGCCUCGGUUGCAAGAGAAGGUGAAGUUUGAUGGGAUCAGUCCCGAGCUUCAAUUGUCGGCAAACAUCAGAUACAUUAUUAAUGGAUGGAUAUCAAAACGUCGAUCGAUGGAGAUCUAUUGUAAUCGUCAUAUGCUUAAGAUCAAUGGUUCGACACCUUUGGAUAAUAUCAAAUGCAAUGUGGAUCUUUGAGAUUUGAUCAGGCUACGUGCUCUUCUUGUUCACCAUGUUCCAACUCAAUAAUCUAAGAUGGUUCCUUGACGUUUUGUUUUUUUCAAUUAUUUAUUUAUAAAUAAAAUACUUGUAAUG